AUGUCCGCCAUGUUCCACAGCACAGACAGGAGACUACGCGGACACACACGCAGCUUCACAUGCAGCUUCUCCUCUGCUGGUAAACACGUCAAUGCUGCUACCGGACCGCUGCAGCUUCACGCUAUCGGGAAACUACCACAGACUUCCAGAUCUAAACCUGAGGAGGGGGCAGCAGCACUUUACAGCAGCGGAGGAGGAGGGAGAACAAAACAGGGAACAACAGAAGAAGAGAAGCCGAUCCACCCUGUUUACAUUGGACUUGAAUCAGCUGGAGCUGGACACAGACAGACAGAGGCAGAGACACAGGCAGAGACACAGACAGGGACACAGACAGGGACACAGACCGGCAGCGAGAAUGUGAGACAGAAACUCGAGCUCCUGCUCCACAAGGAAAUGGACGAGAUCAGUCCUUUGUUGGGCAACCAACCCCAGGAGAGGUCAGAUCUUCUGUCUCCGAACCUGCGGCCCAGACACCAGGAACUGAUCCCGACACCGUGUGGACCGAUAAAGCAGUGGUCGGAGCUGUCAUGUCUGCUGAAGCUUUACUUCUGUUUCACCAUAGCGUCUCUGCUGGUGCUGCUCGGCCUCACGGUGACCAGCAUCGUCAAGCAGGGCACAGAAACCGACGUGUCUGAUGAGGACAACUUGACCGUGUCUCUCAUCCAGCUGGUGGGAAUACUGUUCUGCAUCUACUACAUCAGCCGAGGCGUGCUGCAGGAGAACAGACAGGAGCUGGUGGUGUUCGUGCUCACCGUGUUGGUCAUCAUGAUCCGAUCGGUGGUCAACUUUGCUGUGCUGGGGUCAAAGGACAAGCAGGAGCUGCUGGUGCGCUUCGUGUGCAUCAUGUUUUUGGGCGUGUUGCACGUCUUCUGCACGUCGCUUCUCAUCCAGAGGCCCAACAUGAUGGCGUUCCGUGUGGGCGGGGCCUUAGAGAGUGUGCAGGAGCAGUACUUCCUGCUCAACCUCUGCUUCUCCAUGGUGACCUUUGACCUGCAGGCUCAGUUGUGUCUGUGCAUCCUCAUCACAACGUUGGACUCGGCCAUGUCUGCUCGCAACAGCAUCAUCCUGGGAGUUGGAGUCGUCUGGGCCUGCAUCACCGCCGCUGUAGGCGCCGUCGCAGUUUUAAAGGAAGCCAGGGUUCUGAUUUGGGUUUUCAUGCUGCAGAACCUUCCUCAAGUGGCCCUGUUUGUUUACCUGAUGUACAUGGUGGGAGUGAAAUGGUUUCAGGACCAGACGUACACACUGGAGGCCGCUGCCGUCACUGGAGCUUUGAUCUCACUGGUGAUUAAAGUGGUUUUAUUCUGGGGCCUCGUCAGACUCGUGCACAGCUUCGGUCAAGGUCUGCGGGAGAGAAUGUUUGCGCCCAGCAAGUGAUAAAACCCCCAGUGGUCGAGGAAGAGAAUGUCGGCUGAGGACCUGACAUCAGGAAGCAGCAGCUCUGCAGAUUUUGAUUUAACAUUCCAAACAAAUAAUGAGUAAUUUUAAAAUCUUUUAAUUGUGAUUUUCAGCCUAAUGUGCAGAUUUAAUUAUAUUUAGCAAAAAUCUCUUUUGUCACUGUGCCUGUUGUAUGUACGAGAUGUAAAACCCCACACAUCAGCUCGAAGACUGCAAACUGUUUUUUAUGAAACUUGAAAUGCCUUUGUAGCUUGGACUCAAAAUGGUUUUUAACUUUUUUCUAGAGCUGCUUUUAGACAUGCACUGAACUCUGGACAUUCUCCGGAGGGUACGUAUGUGAGAACCCGAGUGAGAGCCUCCCGACUCUCUCCUCCCAGCCCCCUGAUAAACACUCCAAAUGCAGGAGAUCCUCUGGAGGUUUCACCGUGAUCGAGUGGGUGUGUUGAUGAUGUUUCUUACACACCACAGUUGAAAACUAAAAAAAAAAAAAACAGAUGAUUUCUGCAGUGGAAUUAAUUAUUACUUCCUGCCUCUGCCUGCUGCACCGCCCCUCACCUGAACACUGCAGAAGUUUCUGUGUUGUAAAUGUGUCUGAGCGGAGAAUCUCCUGCUGCGUUGUUCAUGUGGGAAAACUCGGAACAUCAAAACCCUAUUGUGCGCACAUCCUGCAGAGUCCAUGUCUGAAAACCGCUUAUGUGCUGAAGCCAAAGUUGCUUUUUUAAAUUGCAACGUAAAUCUUGUUCAUCUAAACUUUUGAUUCUUUUAAUUCUAUUGUUUUUACUAAACUUUCUGCUGCACAUUAACAAACUGAAAGGGUUUUUUAUUCACAGUUCUUAAUAAAAUAUAAAAAACA